AAAAGCCACAAUUAUCCAGAUCGUCAGACAUGUCAUAAGAAUAUCCACACCACAUAUCCAACACAGUGGAAAACGUUUUAGUGGGAUUUGUUUUUGUUGUGUCAAAUUUUCAAGUUUUUCGGCUUUUCCUUUGCAUUUUCCCCCUAAUUCCCUGAUAUUCUUCUCAGUUUAGUGUUGCAAAAAGAGAUCCUCAAUUGAUGUACUAAUGAGGAAUAAAGUUGAAGCAGAAGGAACUACAAAAAGGACGAAAUAGUAGAACGGCGUCUUCUUCCUCACAAUCCACGUCCUCUUUCACCUCACAUCAGAAUGUCCAGGAAGAGAAAAGCUCAGCACGAUGUGCUACUGGAUGAUGAUGAUGGUAGUCAGAACUUUGAGGAAUAUCAGGAGGAUGCAGCGGAUGAGAAUACAGCAUUCAGAAGUUGCCACUAUUGCUUUAAGGACUUCCCAACUUCCAAAAAGCGAAUGAAUCAUGAAAAAUACUGCAAAAGUGGCACAGUGGAGAGAUUUACGUGCAAGGUUUGUGGACUUAACUUUAGGCUAGCGCAAGGAUUGGAACGUCAUGAGAAGCGCCAUGAACCCCCAGGGGGUUUUCUUUGUGCCAUGUGCGACGAAAGGUUCACAAUGGAGAACGAACGGACGCACCAUCGGAACACCGAGCACAAAGUCUAUCGUUGCCAGAUCUGUGAGGCAAAAUACGCCACAGAAGCCGAAUAUGUGGCUCAUAUUGUGAAUAAGCACGGCGGAAAAGAUCGUGAGCCUGUUGUUUGUCCCGACUGUGGGCAGCAAUUCCGCAGUUCGGCUCAGCUGAAGCUACACAACAAGAGUAAAUGUGGCACCGUGAAGAUGUACGCAUGCGAUGAAUGCAACAGCAGAUUCAUGACAUCAAACACCCUUAAGGCGCACAAACUCAUCCACAUUGGGGAGAAGAAGCACCUCUGCAACUACUGCGGCAACAGUUUUCUCAGCAAGGGGCAACUCAAGGUGCACGAGAGGAGUCACACGGGUGAGAAACCCUUCAAGUGCCAGGAAUGUGGGAAAGCCUUCGCGUACCGCGAGAGCCUCGUUACGCAUCAGACUCUCCACACGGGGGUUCGCCCGUACGUCUGUGAGCUCUGUGGCAGUCGUUUCUCCUGCAUUGGGAAUCUCAUUAAGCACCGUCGCUCACGCCCGGACACGUGUGGACUUCCGCAAUUCCGACGCAAUUCAAAGGUAACCCCACGCACGAAGACUCGCUCUCGCGGGAAGCUCACGAAAAAGCUGGAGAAACUUGUGGAGAAGAAUGAAAUCUCCAUUGUGCAUCAGCUGCAUUUUAUCGAUGCGCACGACAAUGUUCCCAUAAAGGUGGAAAAGAACGACGUGGAGGUCUUUAGCGGUGAUGCUGCAGGACAAGAAGCCUUCAGCGCCGCAUUUAUCCCAAAAAUUGAAGAUGCUUCCAAUGAAAUCCCACCAGCUGUCACUGAAGUUCUCAUUCACAAUGCCCAGGAGGCAGAAGAUCUCGAAGAUGAUGUCCCGCUAUCACAUCUCCGCACCCAAACAAUCAGCAAAGAUGAUCAACAAUUUGUUCUGACUGAAGUUGAAAUUGUUCCACGAGUAACAAAGAAACUCCCCGAGAGGCGACCUAGAGAAACAAAGCAAGCUCAGGCCAAGAGAACGUCGACAAAACGAACCCCAAAACAGGAGAAAGAAAUUGAGAAAGUCGUUCCGGAACAUGAUUCAAACAAUAUAAGUUUCUUGGAUGUUGAUGAUCUUCCAGAAGCAUCGGAUGAUGAUGGUACAAAUGAUGCCGAUGCUGCAGAACCUCUUGAUGAAUCCCUGCAAUACGACGAAUCAGAUGAAUCGGAAGAAUUUGAGGAAGCGGAGGAGAAAGAACAAACUAUUCAGGUUGAGGAUCAAGACUGGGAACCGAAGGAGGCAAAAAAGAAGAAGGUAGCUGAUAAAACAUCAAUGGUGCAUGAAUAUAAAUGCGAUAAAUGCCCCAAGAUGUUUUGCUACAAAACCAUCUACAAUUUGCACCUCAAACGUGAACACGGGAUGGCUGUUAAUGAUGAAGAUCUCCCCAAUCAGCCACGCUACAGUAAGAUCCUCUUUCCGCGUGAUCGUGUGCACGAGUGUCGAUUCUGCAAGAGGAAGUACGCCAAUAAACCAGCUCUGCUGAAGCACGAAGAGAAUCAUGGCCCUGAAGGAAACCUCCAUGUGAAAUGCUUGGUGUGCAAGGAAUACUUUGAGAAUGAAGAGAAGGAGAAGGAGCAUCGCUUGGAGAAGCACAAAGACAGGAUAACGUGCAAGAUGUGCUUCAAGCUCUACCGCGAUGAGCAGCACUUGCAGACGCACAUCAAGAAUUGCCACACGAAGGUGGGAAUAAAGAAAACAACUCACUUAUGCGGGAAAUGCGGGAAGAGUUUCACCUCCAAGACAGCCAUGAUGGAUCACGAGCGAUCGGAUUGUGGCAAAUCGCCAAUUUAUCAAUGUGAGGACUGCAAGAAAUUCUACCACAGUGCUGGUUCACUGAAGACACACCGACAAAUCCACACGGGUGAAUUCCCGAAUCUCUGUAAGUACUGCGGCAAGGGUUUCCGGACACCGGGGCAGCUCAAAGUGCACGAACGCAUUCACACGGGUGAGAAACCCUUCCAGUGCUCCUACUGCCCCAAAUCAUUUAGUCAUCGUGAAAGUCUCCUUACGCACAUCUCCCUGCACACGGGCUUCAAGAGAUUCCAAUGCAGUGGCUGUGGGCAGCGCUUCACGUGCAUCUCCAACCUCCAGGCACAUCGGAAGGCUCACGCUGAUACGUGUGGCUUAGUGCCGAAUUGCACAAAGGCAGUGGGACGGAUUGUGGAUGCACAAACAAAACUCCCCAAGAAGGAGAUGCAGGAAGUGAAGAUGGAGUAUGCAAAAAUGGCUCGAGAUUUGAGGGAGGAAGCAACAUCCCAGGAGAUUCCUAGCGAUGAUGAGGAUUUGAAGCAAAUCUGGUCAGAGUAUCAAGCAGAUACACAAUCUGAGUGCAAAAAUGAAUCCUUUAGACUCGAUUGCUGCUACUGCGCUGAGAGAUUCCCAUCUUCCAAGCAGCGCUUCCGCCAUGAGAAAACCUGUGUAAUUGGUCCAGUUGAGAGGUUUUCGUGUAAGUUGUGUUGCAUCAAUUUCCGAUACGAACAGGGAUUGUGGCGGCAUGAUCUUCGUCAUCAACUUCCAGGAGGAUUCCUCUGUCACAUCUGCAAUGCUGGAUUUACAUCCCACACUGAUCGUGUUCAACACAUGGAUGCUCAGCAUCGUGAAUAUAAAUGCCAAAUCUGUGUGGGGAGCUUCCGGAAGAAGGUGGACUACGUUAAUCACAUUGUACGGACGCACAGCAACUGCAAGUGUUGGAUCCUCCAGAAGAGUGUCAAAGAGGAAGAGGCCAUUAAGGAUAGUACUCAGCUGACGUGUGAUAAAUGUGGAAGUUGUAUGGGAAGCCUGGCGGCUAAACUGGAGCAACUUGCGGGUGAAAAUGAAGUCUCCAUCAUUCAUCCCAUGGAGACAAUUCACAUUGAGGAAUAUCCUGCGAAACAAGACAAAAUCCCAACGGAUGUAGAGCUGUUUAAUGGAAUUGCCGAUGAACCACAAAAAUCCAAGCCAAUUCGCCGUUCUCCGAAGAGACGGAAACGUCCAUCUCCGGAAAAAAUUCUCAUUACAAGUGACGAAGAAUUUCCAGAUCUCGAUGAUGAUUUACCUCUGUCUCGAUUGAAGAAACAAGCAACAACAACAGAACAUUACACUGUUGAGGAAGUCAUCGAACCUCCGGAAAGGAGGAGAAAUAAAAGGAAGAGAAUAUCAAUUGAAUCAGGAAAUUCAGACGGCUCCAAUGAAGUUGCUUUUCAGGAUGUGAGUGAAUCAAAUGAUUCUCUAAAGAACUGGGUGAAAGCAGCUGGAGGACGACGGAGGAGAUCAUCAACAAAUGACGAGCAGAAGAUUUGCAAAAUUCCCGAAUAUCGCUGCAAACUCUGCCCGCAGAUCUAUUGCUUCGAGAAGAGGUACCUUGGGCACCUUAAAACGGAGCAUGGAAUUGAGAUGAAGCCUGAAUCUGAGAAUGAAAAUGACAGCCAGUACAACUUGAAGGAGACUUUCUUACUUGGCUACCGGAAGCACGGAUGUAGAUUCUGCAAAAGACGCUUUGCCACCAAGGAAGCCCUCACGAACCAUGAGAGAUGCCACACUCCUGACGGGAAGCUUCGGAUUAAAUGCACGCUGUGCAGUGAACUCUUUGAGGAUGAGCAGCAGAUAAAGGAGCACAAGAAGUCAGUUCACAGGGAUGAAGUAACGUGUAAGUUUUGCAAUAAAACUUACGCCGGAGAACGCAACUUGCAGACUCACAUCGAUCUUCGGCACACAAAGACUAAAACAAUCAAAAAGAUGACCUACCUGUGCAGGAAAUGUGGCAAGAAUUUCACCUCCAAGACUGCUCUGCUGGAUCAUGAGCGAUCAGACUGCGGCAAAGCACCCAUCUAUCAAUGCGAUGUGUGCAAGAAGUUCUACCACAGCGCUGGUUCCCUGAAAGGUCACAAAACUCUCCAUACAAAAGUCAGGCCGUUCUUGUGCAAAUUCUGCGGGAAGUCCUACAGGAAUCCCGGGCAGUUGCGUGUGCACGAGAGGACGCACACAGGAGAGAAGCCACAUAAGUGCACAUACUGCCCGAAGGCAUUCAGUCACAGAGAAACCCUCCUAACUCACAUCACAAUGCACACGGGCUUCAAGAGAUUCAUGUGCUCAGGCUGUGGCAAGAGAUUUGCCUGCAUCUCCAAUCUUCAGGUGCACCGGAAGGCACAUGCAGACACAUGUGGGUUGGUGCCUAAUUGUACGAAAGCCGUUGGGCCAAUGGAUAUUCAUUUAAUGCCCCAGGAAGAUAAUCAGAUCGGCCCCUCCAUGGGUCCCAUUGUUUUCGUGCAAUUCGGCACUAAGCCACACUGCAGGAUUAGAAUUUUAAGAUCAGGAGAAAAGGACAAAAGCAAGAAAAUGGCUCCAAAGGAAGGAGAUGGCUUAGGGCAGGAUAUUCUGUCCCACAGUGAGGAUUUCCGGGAAAACUGGCUGGAGUAUCAUGAAGACAGACUCCAAGAGCUACGAGAUGAAUUCUUCAGAACGAGCUGCCACUUUUGCGGAAAAGAAUUCCCAACAGCCCUAAAAUCCUUCUGUCAUGAAAGAUUCUGCAAAGAAGGCUCCAAGGAGAGAUUUACCUGCAAGAACUGCGGAAUCAAUUUCAAAAGCAAGGAAGACUUGAAGCAUCAUGGGAAGCGUCACAGGAAGCCAGGAGGAUACUUUUGCUUCUCCUGUGAUACCCAAUUCACAUCUCCUGCAGCCAGAAUCCAACACAGAAUCACACAACAUCGAGUCUAUCAGUGUCAAAUCUGCCUGAUUAAAUACAAAAGCUCUGCGGAUUAUGUCAAGCACAUCCUGACCAGCCACGAUGACGCCAAGUUACUUAUUCCAAAAGAAGAAGUAGUUGAAAUUGAAACAAUCGAUGAUGAGGAACAGAAAUAUCAAGAUGUUCACCAAGAUCCUUUGAUCAUUAAAUGUGAACCUACACCGGAAGCACCCAUAGUUGUGAAUUCCGUUCAAGUUGAAGCAGAAGAUGUGGAGAAUACCUUUGACGACUUUGAGCCAGAUCAUGCAGAUUCUGGCUCUGAAACAGACAAUUCUAACAAGCUUGAUAAUGCUGAAAGCGUUAAAAGUAAAUCAACGUCCAAAAAUUCAGAGAAUAUCCUAAAAGAUGUUGUGAAAGAUCCUCCUGAUGAUGCACCGGAAAAGAUAGGAAGUAAAUAUUCCUGUAAAUUGUGCCGUAAAACAUUCAGCCAGAUUUAUUCAUGGGAUCGUCAUUAUAAAUUUCACUGUCCUAAGCGGAAGCCUCUGAGGCCUCACUGCAAAACAUGCAGGAAGUUCUUUGAAAGUGAGGAAAUGCUGGAAAAUCAUGCAAAACUCUGCAUGGUUACAUGCGCCAUCUGCAAUAGGAAGUUCCAUAGCAAGAAAAACCUCCUCCAGCACAUCCUGUCGGUGCAUCAAAAUAUCAAAAUCCCAUCUCCGGAGGUAUUUUGUGAUAAAUGUGGCUCAAAGUUUAGACUGAAAGUUGAUCUUGAGCAGCAUAAGAUGUCAGAUUGUGGUAAGAAACAGCCCUAUGAAUGCUCAAUUUGCAAAAAGGCAUUUUCCUUGGAGAGCAAAAUGAGGUAUCACGUGAAAGUUGUCCAUGGGGAGAAGCCCUUUUCCUGCCAAUACUGCGAAAAGAGAUUCAGAAUGAGGGAGGAUAUGGAUUUCCACGUGCAUAACGUCCACAAGAGGAAGUCUGAGACUUUCAACUGCCACCUAUGUCCUGGAAUUUAUGAAAAAGAGAGGAUCUACGUGAAGCACAUGAAAACAAUGCAUGGCGUUGAGAUGGAGAGACCGAGUGGGAUUCACGGAUGCAACUACUGCAGACGAAUGUACAUAACGAAGGAACGUCUGCAGAGGCACAUAAAAAGGAUGCACACUAUUGAUAAUAAGAUUCUCAUAAAGUGCACAGAAUGCAAGGAAAUGUUCAGCAGUAAGGCAGCAAUGCAGGAGCACAGGACAACAAUGCACAAGGAUAAAUUUGUUUGUCACAUUUGCAAUAAAUCUUUCAUGUCCCGACGAAGUCUCCCACUUCACAUAAAGGCGAAGCAUACAAAAGAGAAAAUUGCCUAUCGGAAUCUCUACUUGUGCGGCAGAUGCGGAAAGGCUUUUCGCAAUAGGGUUGCGCAUCAGGAUCACGAGAGGACAAAUUGUGGGAAAUCCUUCAUCUAUCAGUGUGAUGUGUGCAAGAAGAAAUUGGCAACGCUGGGAAGCUUGAAAACACACAAAUUAACCCACACGGAUAACAAGGCAUUCUCAUGCUCCUUUUGUGACAAGUCCUUCAGGACAGCUGCUCAGAAGAAGUCACAUGAGAGAUCUCACACGGGGGAGAGACCCUACAAGUGUACCUACUGCCCAAAGGCAUUCAGUCACACCAGUACCCUCGCAACGCAUCUUACAGUUCACACGGGCAUCAAGCGGUACAUGUGCAGCGGAUGUGGACAGAGAUUCACCUGCUUGUCCAACUUGAGAGUCCAUCGAACGAGUCAUGCUGAAACUUGUGGGCUCGUACCGAAUAAUACGAAACCCCUGGAGCCGUUGGAUGAUCGAAUGAAGCUGAAAGAUGAUCAAAUGGAGGAAGAAGAUGAAUGUGGCCCAGAAGGUCCUGGAACAGGACCCAUAAGCGGCGUAAGUCCACAAGUACUCGCAUUACUCUUCCGGUGUGCCCUCAAAUUGGAUUGGCACGUGAAUCUAUCGCCACAUCCGCUGCACACGUACCUCUUCACGCCCGUGUGGGCAGGCUUCAUUGUAGAAUUUCCCUUUGCAGAAUUUGCACCCAUGAGUGGGGCAUAUUACCUCCACCUCAAUCCCAUGAAGAUUCCUCAUGUGUUUGGCGUAGGCGGCUUCUAUCCUGAAACCUUUAUUGCAGACUUUGCAGUAGAACUUUUGGGCAAAUGCCAGGAGAUCAUUCACAUGGCUCUUCAUAAAAUGGCUCCAAAGGCAGAGGAUGACUUAGGGCAGGAUAUUCUGUCUUACAGUGAGGAUUUCCGGGAAAACUGGCUGGAGUAUCAUGAAGACAGACUCCAAGAACAACGAGAUGAAUUCUUCAGAACGAGCUGCCACUUUUGCGGAAAAGAAUUCCCAACUGCCCUGAAAUCCUUCUGUCAUGAAAGAUUCUGCAAAGAAGGCUCCAAUGAGAGAUUUACCUGCAAGAACUGCGGAAUCAAUUUCAAGAGCAAGGAAGACUUGAAGCAUCACGGGAAGCGUCACAGGAAGCCAGGAGGAUACUUUUGCUUCUCCUGUGAUACUCAAUUCACAUCUCCUGCAGCCAGAAUCCAACACAGAAUCACACAACAUCGAGUCUAUCAGUGCCAAAUCUGCCUGAUUAAAUACAAAAGCUCUGCGGACUAUGUCAGGCAUAUUCUGAUCACCCACACUGAGCCUAAAACUGAAACCCCCAAAGGGGAAAGAUCAGAAGUUAUUAGUUCGGAGGAUUAUGAUGAGGCGAAAUAUCAAGAAGCAUUUGAUCGGGAUCCUCUAGUAAUGAAAAUAGAAUCUUCAACGGAAGAUUUGAGUCAAAUUUCCGAGGAGGCUGUCAAGGAUGAGGAGGUAAAGACGUUAGAUUGGGAUUCCACUGCCAAGGAAGAAGUCCUGGAAGAAGUCAUUGAGCAUGAUGAUAUGGAUAUUGUGGAAUACAUCUAUGAAUCCUCUGACAAUGAGAUAAAUUCCAGCGACAUGAAUCAGGAUGAAUUGAAGAUCAAAGGAGAAAUCAGUUCAGAUAAAAGGACAUCCCGCGAUUCUUCUCCGAGAAAAUCCUUGCCAACUAGCUUUGCGUGCAGUCGCUGCGUGAAAGUUUUCAACAUGCCACAAAAACUAAUCACGCACUGCAGGAAGACCCACCGCAUGCAAAGUGAUGAUGAAGAUUGGCCUCGGGAUGCCACAGAAUUCAUGGAAAAUCGAUACUUUUGCACAUUCUGCAAUAAGAAUUUCGACGUAACAUCCUUUUCCAAGCACAUGAGGAGGCAUCAUGGUCCUGAUGGAAAUCAUCGAUUCUUUUGCAUUCUGUGCGAAAGAGCAUUCCGGAGUAAGGGAAUAUUUGAACGGCACAGGAUGGCGUGCAAAGUAACCUGUUCCGUUUGCAACAAGAACUUCAUGUCGAAGGACAGUCUGAAAAUUCACGUUGAAUCUCACGUGAAGGAUAUGAAGCAUUUGCAGGGUAAUCGGAUAAGGCACGUUGAGAAGCCCUAUCAGUGCGAAUUUUGCAGUCAAUCCUUCACAAAGGAACGCUACAGGUUGACACACAUUCAAUUCCGCCAUAAGAGAUUCAGCGACGCUAAAAUCUUCAGCUGCCACAUUUGUGCUGGUACGUACCAUGUUGAAUUGGCUUUUGUGAAGCAUAUGAAGAAUGCUCAUGGGAUUGAGAUGGAAAGACCCAGUGGGAUGCAUCAUUGCAAUUACUGCAAGAAGGGGAAUCUCACAAAGGACAAACUGGAGAAGCAUAUGAUGAAGGUUCACUAUGUUAAUGGGAAAAUGCAGGCAAAAUGCAAAUAUUGCGGAGAAUACUUUGAUGACAUGGAAGCAGUCAAGGAGCACAGAUUAGCCGCGCACAGGGAUAAAUUCACAUGCAAGAUCUGCGAUAAGACUUUCAAGCACGAAGGAAGUCUCAUUGCACAUACAAAUCUCAAGCACACAGAGGAGCGAACGUAUGCCCAAAAGAGAUUUCUCUGUGGGAAAUGUGGCAAAGGGUUCGUCAAUAAAACAGCCCAUCGUGAUCAUGAGCAGUCAAAUUGUGGUCAAACACCGAUGUAUCAGUGCGACAUUUGUCACAAAUUCCUCGCAACGCAGGGAUCACUGAAGAGUCACAAAUUAAUCCACGCCGACAUCAAGGCAUUCAGCUGUAGCUUCUGUGAGAAGUCAUUUAGGAAUUUAAAUCAUGUCCAGCGGCACGAGAGGACCCACACCGGUGAACGACCCUAUCUGUGCACCUUCUGCCCAAAGGCAUUCAGUCACAAGGAGACUCUCAACACGCACCUGACCACCCACACGGGCAUCAAGAGGUACAUGUGCAGCGGAUGUGAGCAGAGAUUCACGUGCAUCUCCAACCUCCAGGCACACCGUCGAAGUCAUGCCAAUACUUGUGGGCUUGUGCCAAAUUGCACAAAGGUCAUACAUCCCAUGGAGACCUUCCCUCAAGAUGAAUUCGUGGAGAAUGUUCAAAUUUCCGAAUAAUAGUUGAUAACAUGAAAAUAAAUGAAUUUUCUUAUAAA